AUGGAGAUUGUCACAAGCAAGAAAGUGUCUUUGUUGAAGAAGCUACAUAUUGUUUACAGUUUUUUCUUUAUUCGAAAGAUUGUGGUGCACGUACACACAUUUGUGUUCUAUUGCAUAUUGUUACCUGCAACUGUUAUGGUUCCUGAGGUUGUGGUCCCUAAAUGGGGAACUGUUUAUGUCCCUUCCAUCAUCACCCUUCUUAAAGCUGUUGGAACACCAAGGUCAUUCUAUUUAGUUAUCUUUUGGGUUCUCUUUGAAAAUACCAUAGCUCUACAUCGAACAAAAGCAACAAUUAUUGGUCUGCUAGAGACUAGUAGAGUGAAUGAAUGGAUUGUCACUGAAAAACUUGGAGAUGCUCUCAAGGGUAAAGAUGGUGGUAAAGAACUCAAAAAGCUUCGAUUUAAAAUUGUAGACAGGAUUCACCUGUCAGAACUUUUUGUUGGAUUCUACCUUCUAUUUUGUGGUUGCUAUGAUCUUAUGCAUGGGAAAAAUCAAUUCUUCAUAUUCUUAUACAUUCAAGCUAUUGCUUUCUUCAUCCUGGCAUUUGGAUACGUUGGCACUUUUGUUUCUAACUCCUAG